AUGGUCUCCAAGCUCGUCUUUGCCGUCGCGGCGGCCCAGUGCGUCUCCGCCCACUUCGGCAUCUCCUAUCCCGCCUGGCGCGCCGACACCCUCACCAAGGACACCAACUACAGCCAGUGGACCUAUCCCUGUGCUGGCGUCCCGUACGGUGUCGGCAACGUCACUGAGUGGCCCCUCGAGGGCGCCGCCAUCAAGCUUGACCUGCACCACACCUGGACCUACGUCUUCGUCAACCUCGGCUUCGGCGAGAACGUGACCAACUUCAACGUCUCCCUGACGCCCCAGUUCCUCAACGCCACCGGCAAGGGCACGCUCUGCCUCGACAAGCUGCCCCUCCCCGCCGGCCUCGAGGACGGCAGCCUUGCCACCGUCCAGGUCGUCACCGUCGGCAACAAGGGCUCGGCCCUCUACAACUGCGCCGACGUGCGCUUCAAGAAGGACGCCAAGCCCGUCGCCGACUGCAACUCGGGCAACAUCUCCGUCGUCAAGAUCCAGCAGCAGACCGGCAACGCCACCGCGACCAACGCCACCGCCGGCAGCCGCCAGGCCGUGGAUUCCGCCGCCGGCCUCGUCAACGUCGACACCCUCGCUCUCGGCUCCGUCGUCGGCCUCGCCUCGGCCUUUGUCCUCGGCCUCAGCCUGUAG